AUGGACGGGGCGGCUCGCCGGGGGGUGCUGGGCGCGCUGCUGGCCUGCGGGCUGCUCCUGCUGGGCGCCUCGGGCACCCCGACCCCGCCGGCCCCCGCCGGCGGCUCCCCGCAGGACACAUGCACCUCCUGCGGCUUCCGGCGGCCCGAGGAGCCGGGCAAGGUGGACGGGGAUUUCCUGGAGGCGGUCAAGAGGCACAUCCUGAGCCGGCUGCAGAUGCGGGACCGGCCCAACAUCACGCACGCCGUGCCCAAGGCGGCCAUGGUCACGGCGCUGCGCAAGCUGCACGCCGGCAAGGUGCGGGAGGACGGCCGCGUGGAGAUCCCCAGCCUGGACGGGCAGGCGAGCGCCGGGCCCCCGGCCCACGACCCCGUCUCCGAGAUCAUCAGCUUCGCCGAGACAGACGAUCUGGCCUCAUCUAGAGUCCGCCUCUAUUUCUUCAUCUCGAAUGAAGGGAACCAGAACUUGUUUGUCGUUCAAGCCAGCCUGUGGCUUUACUUGAAGCUGCUUCCAUAUGUCUUAGAGAAAGGCAGCAGGCGAAAAGUAAGAGUCAAAGUCUAUUUCCAAGACCCGGACACUAGCAACAAGUGGAAUGUGGUUGAAAAGAAAGUCGAUCUCAAAAGAAGUGGUUGGCACACUUUUCCCAUGACAGAGGCGAUCCAGGCUCUGUUUGAGAGAGGAGAAAGGAGACUGAACUUGGAUGUUCAAUGUGAGGGCUGUGAAGAGUAUUCAGUGCUGCCAAUUUAUGUGGACCCCGGGGAGGAAUCCCACCGGCCUUUUUUAGUGGUGCAAGCCCGCCUCGCCGAUAACAAACACAGGAUCCGGAAAAGAGGCCUGGAGUGCGAUGGCAGGACCAAUCUAUGUUGCAGGCAACAGUUUUACAUUGACUUUAGACUCAUUGGGUGGAAUGACUGGAUCAUAGCACCAUCAGGUUACUAUGGGAAUUACUGUGAAGGGAGCUGCCCGGCCUACUUGGCCGGCGUCCCGGGGUCGGCUUCCUCCUUUCACACCGCCGUCGUGAAUCAGUACCGAAUGCGGGGGCUGAACCCGGGCACCGUGAACUCCUGUUGCAUUCCAACCAAACUUAGCACAAUGUCAAUGCUGUACUUUGAUGAUGAAUACAACAUUGUGAAAAGGGACGUUCCCAAUAUGAUUGUGGAAGAAUGUGGUUGUGCUUGAUUUGAGGUGUGUGUUUUUGGGGGGGCGAGAGAGAGAGAACAUUCCCAUAUGAGAUGGUGUUGGAGGAAGUUUCACUGUGUAUCCAGGCAUCAGUGUUGAAAAGUCACUGUGGAAAAGUUUGACGAAAAAAAAAAAUCAUUUCACUUUGGUGUCAGGACAGUGGCAGUUUGUGGAUCUUGGACACUUAUAUAUCCUACCACUUAUAAGUUAAUGCUAUGAAAUAUCUUAAAGACACACACACACACACAGUGCGCACGCACACAAACACGCGCUCGUACACGCACAGACACACACACACACAGACACAAGGCAGCUUGGAA